AUGAAAAACCAUUAUGUGUACCUAUUCUUCUUCAUUCUUUUCAUCAUUUUUCUAUUGAAUAAUCUGUUUAAUCGCGAUGACAACAGGAAAUUGAUGAUAACCUACUAUCAGGAUAAUUUAGAUUUCCCUGGCCUUGAGGAUGUUCCAGAAUAUUCCGAUUUUUCUUUACUACCUCAUCAUGCAGAACAUGAGCUGUGGAUUAAGGAGAAAAUUACACGAGAAGAUUAUGGAAAAUUCAAUUUGUAUCUCCUUUCUGCCUACGAAUAUCCCGACCAAAUUGCCCUUCACAUAACAUCGCAAAACGGUUUUGGCAAAACCGUGUAUUGUCGAUAUUUCGACAAAAAUCGAAUGGAGAUCGGCGUUCCAUUCGAGACCAAAAUAUUUCCGGAGACUGUCGCUUAUUGUAGCCGAAGGAAAAACACGAAAUUUGUGUCAAUAUCGGAAAAAAUGAGCGACGAACCUCAACCUCCCAUCAGACUGUUUGAUCGAACCAUGAAGACGCAUCACCAUAACCUCACCGUCUGCAUGGCUCCGUUGUACGGCGAUGAGCCGAAGUGGCUGCAAAUUGCUGAAUUCAUGGAACAUUACAAACUACAGGGUGCAACGAUGGUGUACAUUUGGGUGGCAAAAAUCGAUGAAUAUAGUCGGCGGAUUCUAGAAGAGUACGUGAGAAGAGGAGAAGCUGAAGUGAUUUGGAUGUAUGAACAAUAUGCGACGAAUGAUUUUUAUUGGCAUAUGGUUGAAAUUCAUGGUUGUAUGUUACAUUCGAAAAGGGUCUCGAAGUGGACGGCUGUUGUGGAUUUAGACGAACGAUUGAUAACCUUUGGCACUCGAUUGAUUGAUUAUUUAAGUAACACGGAGAAUAAGGAUCCGCAGGUGGCAACUGUCAUAUUCCGCCAACAAUGGAUAAUGAAGCUCGAGCUUCUGCCACCAAAAUAUAUCAACGAAUCUGAGACGAUAUCGCACAUGCCCACCCAGCGAUGGCACAAUUCAUCAGUCAUUGGACCAUCAGGGCAUACAGUUAAAUGCAUUGUUCAAAUGGAUAAGGUCGGCGCUUUAUUUAUUCACUACGUCCGCAGAUACUAUGAACCGGCAAAAACGUAUGAGCUGAAGCCGUCUGAAGGAAUCGUCAAGCAUUAUCGGGAUCUUUUCAUUGACGGUUGGGGUAAAAGUUGGCUGAAAGAAAUUGAGAAAAUGGGGCCUUUCUCAAAUACGAGUUUAGACGCGAAUUAUUCGAAAAUUCUUGUUGAGAAUACAGUGAAACGGGUGAAAUUUGUUUACGGGCAAAUUGCAUAA